GCAGGGACCUUCCUGUCCAACCCCCUGCCUGCACCCUGGGCUGGAGACUCCGGCACCACCUGCUGCCCACGGGGCCGGAGCCCCCGUCUGCAAGGAGACCCCCGCCCCCGGGAACCAACCAAUAACCCGCCCCACCCCGUGCGCUGCGGCCGGCGGAGCAGCCAGGGGCUUUAACUGAGCUCAGACGCCCAUUGUGCUGCCCGGACACACAGUGAGACAGUCCCUGCCCCCAGGAACGGAAAGGCUCUGGGCAGAGCAAGGAGCGUUUUUCAGAUGGGGAGACGAAGGCUCAGAGGCUUGGUGACCUGACCAAGGUUCCCCAGGAGCUAACAGCAGAGCCAGGAAAUGAACGCAGGUCUCCAGCACAAGGCCCUGGCCCCCUCCUGGUUCUGCCAGCAGGCUGCGGGGUCACUCACGCCCCGAUGCUGGGGGGGAAGGUCUGGGCUCAGUUUCUUCCAUUCAGCCCAUCACAGUGGGAUCUCUUGGCGUCAACAGGCACAACCCCUACUCCCAAAGCCAGGGCACCCCAGCACCACAGUUUACACGUAGGCCCCCCUUUUCCAGUCGGGGUCCCCUGACACGACACCCCCCACCCCCAUCCCGAACCUGCUGCUCGGAGGACACCUGACCCAAACAAGGCAUGAUUUUCUGACCCUCCCCCACCAGAUGUUUCGAGUUUUGUCACUGGAAAGGAGCCCGAUGAGCGGAAGGAAAUGCUGUCGCUCGGCAGAUGCUUCUGUGCUCCUCUCCCCCUCCCCCGCAGGCCCGCUGCUGACCCCGCCCCCGUGGGAAAAGCGGGUGAUAGAAAUCUGCAUAAUCAUUUCCCCAAAACUCUGUUUCCAGCACCUCGAGCUGGCUGCUCCCCCCUCCGCCUCCACCCCGUUGCUGUCUCGACGACGGGCUAGUGAGCCCGCCCGGCCGGAUUUCUCCCUUUGCCAUCAUGCCCCGCGCCAUCUAACACCACAGCUCCCCGGGCAUCCAUCACGCGCCAGAUCCCGACAUGGCCAGGACCCCAUGUGCCUUCCCUCUGCUGCUGCUGCUGCUGCUCGGGCCGCCUCUCCAAGGGCCAGCCCCCACCCUGGGGUACAACAUUGAUACUGUCCACCGGGAGGUGCUAGCUCCCGAGGCGAGUAGGACUUUCGGGUACCAGGUGCUGCAGUUCAAAGAUGCAAGUAUCAUCGUGGGAGCACCAGGUGACCAGAACUCCACAGGGCAGUUGUACCAAUGUGCUGUGAAGAGUGGCUCCUGCCAGGCCAUCCCAUUGCCGGCGAGUGCUCAAGUGGCGCAUCUCGGCAUGUCCCUGGCGAGCGGUGACGCAGACGCCCAGAUGAUUGCCUGCGGCUCUGGGCUGAGCCGAACGUGUGAUGCGAACCAGUACCUGAGUGGGGUCUGCUACCUCUUCAAGGGACGCCUGGAGCAGCCCAAGGAGAUGACGCCAGGAUUUGAAGACUGCCUGAAGGGGAAUGUGGAUUUGGUGUUUCUCUUCGAUGGAUCAGCCAGCAUGAACGCUGACCAGUUCUACGCCAUCAAGGACUUCAUGAUCGAUGUGAUGAAGAAGCUGGGAAACUCCACGAUACGUUUUGCCGCAGUGCAGUUUUCCAUGGUCGUGAAGAUAGAAUUUGACUUUAACGAUUACGAACGAAACCGAAAUCCCCGGGAACUCCUGAAGAAUGUGACGCACAUGAAAAGCCUGACAAACACCUUCAACGCCAUCAACUAUGUUGCAAACCAGGUUUUCACCCCAAAGCAUGGCGCCCGGGAAGAUGUGGGGCAAGUGAUGAUCAUUAUCACGGAUGGAGACCCCAGUGACCCUGGGGGGAAUGUGACCGCUGCCAAAGAGAAGAAAAUUGUUCGCUACAUCAUUGGGAUUGGCAAUAACUUUAACCGGAACCAGACCUCCUUGACACAGUUCGCCUCAGAGCCCACAAGCCAGUUUGUCAAGGUGCUGGACAGCUUCGAAAAGCUCAAAGGCCUCUUCAGUGAGCUGCAGGCCAAGAUCUACGCCAUCGAAGGUACCAGCAGCCGUAGCUCCUUCCACCUGGAGCUCUCAUCCAGUGGAUUCAGUGUGGACCUGUCCAAAGAACGGGUGGUGCUGGGGGCUGUGGGGGCUGAUGAUUGGGCAGGGGGCCUGAUUGAGCUGCGGGGCAACCAGGCACUGGAGACCUUCAUCGGGAGCCCCUCAGCCAGUGAGCAGAUAAAGGACGCCUACCUGGGCUACGCGGUGAAGUCCAUGCAGCACCAGAACAGAACGCUCUACGCCGCCGGAGCCCCCCGCUAUCAGCACGUGGGGAUGGUCAUCGUGUUUGAGAUAGACCCCGGCAGCUCCAACUGGACAGAUACUCAGCACCUCAUGGGCAAGCAAAUUGGCUCCUAUUUCGGGUCAGUUCUGUGCUCAGUGGACGUGGACGGGGAUGGGGACACGGACGUGCUCCUAGUGGGGGCCCCCCUGUACUAUGAGGAGAGGAGUGGGGGCAGGGUCCACAUCUAUCGCUGGGACCAGGCCGGGCUCACCAGCGCCGCGGAGCUCCAGGGAGCCCCGGGGAACCCGCUGGGCCGCUUCGGCGCAGCCAUCACGGCACUGGCUGACCUGAACGGGGACGGCUGGGCUGAUGUCGCCGUGGGGGCACCGCUGGAGAGCGAGGAGCGCGGCGCUGUCUAUAUAUACAACGGCCACCAGAGGGAGCUCAACACACACUACAGCCAGAGAAUUGAGGGCGCAACUGGUGUGAAAUACUUUGGCCAAUCCAUUCAUGGACAGAUCGACCUCAGUGGAGACGGGCUACCAGACCUCAGCGUUGGGGCUCUAGGAAAAGUGAUCAUGCUGAGCUCCCGGCCCAUCCUGACGGUGGUCCCCAAGAUGUCGUUCUUGCCAGAGGAAAUCCCGGUAAAGCAGGUGGAGUGUUCAGGGAGUGUGUCCUCCCGGCAGGGUGUUCAGAGUAACCUCACCGUCUGCUUCAGUGUCAGCCGCGCCACCACGCGCUACCAAGAGCCUCUCUCUGCCAACCUCACCUACUGGCUGGAGAUUGACGCCAAUCGCAUGAGGAGCCGAGGGGUGUUCGGGAACGGGCAGAGGAACAUGUCUGGGACCAUGGAGAUCUCGGAGGGGGAGCCCUGCAUAGCAGAGAUGAUCCAGAUAUCAAACUGCAUUGAGGAUUUCGUCACUGCAAUCAAGGUCUCGCUGCGCUUUGCCCUCCAAGAGGACGAUGGCCCCAGCAGGACCCCGCGUCUGGUGCUGAACCCCUUGUACAACGCGUCAGUGACAGAGAUCCCCUUUGAGAAGAACUGUGGGGAGGAUGGGGUGUGCAACGCCGACCUGCAAAUCCGCUUCCACCAGAAUACGUCGCAGCAGCUGUUGGUGUCUCCCUCCACCAGGCUGGAGGUGGUGCUGGAGCUCACCAAUCGCGGGGAAGAUGCUUACCACACAGCUGUCCACCUGCCCCAACUGCCAGGCCUGUCCUUCCGCAAGGCCUCGGUGCUGGAGUCCAGCGUCCAGGCCAGGGUGAGCUGCAACGGCCUGGAGACUCCAGACACUAACUCCAGGAACCUGUCCUGUAAUGUCAGCCACCCGAUCUACUGGGGGAACAGCCGGGUUCUGAUCCAGCUGCUGUUUGAGAUUCUCACCAACAGUUCCUGGGGGGACUAUCUGGAGCUGGACGUCAUGGCCAGCAGUGACAAUGACAUGAAGGGGACCCUUGCGGAUAACCAAGCGUCUCAUAGGAUCCCAGUCCUAUACCCCAUAAACAUCAUCACCAAGGGAGCGGAUGGGUCCACCCAGUACGUCAGCUUCAGCUCCCCGAACCCAGAGAUCAAGCCCGUGAAGCACGUGUACCAGGUGGAGAACCUGCUGCCAGGGAGUUUCCAACAGCCAGAGGUGACGGCAUUUGUGAUGGUGCCACAGGAGUUCCCGGCCGGGCUAGCCUGGGAGCGGCAGGAAGUGACGACAACGGACCCCAAGGUGACCUGCCAUCCUGUUGCCAUGGAUGGGAAAACAAAAGAGGCAGACGCCAUCAGCGGCCUCUCCCACACUCUCAAGCACUGCGCACCCGGACGCCAGCAAACCUACAAGUGCAACCUGGGCCGGAUAGACGCCCCCUCCACCAUCACCAUCAUCGGGGAGUUGUCGGUUACCAGCAAAAUUGAGACCUCCUCCCGGUCCCGGUUCUGCACUGCCCUGUGGUUCACCUUCAACACCAGCAAAUACGUCAGCCAGUACACGGACGAAUUCACGCAAUCCCAGGUCACCACGGAGGUGGAGCUGGUGCACGUGAUGAAUUACCUCCCCGUAUACGUAGGCAGCGGGGUAGGGGGGCUGCUUCUACUGAUCCUGAUCAGCGUCCUCCUGUACAAGUGUGGUUUCUUCAAGCGUAGUUACAAGGACAUGAUGGACCAUGAGCCAGCAGCUGGGAACGGGGAGGCACCUGCAGAAGCCAGCAAGGAGGAAAAGGCAGAUGAAGACUGCAAGGAGGCACUCACCACAGAUGCUCCCAGUGAAUGACCAGACCCUCCCUCCCCCCGGACCAUGAAUCCGAGACCUCCUUCUCUUCCCUCCAUCCCCACCUGCCCCUAGGACUGCCUCCUGCUCAGCCGGGGCCCUGCACUCACCAGCGCCCCCCAGUGGCCCAAAGGAGGAUCGCAGCAGCUGUGCUUUUGCAGACUCAUGUCUAUCCCUGUCCUCGUGGCGGGGUGGCUCCAUCCUGCUCCUGGUGGAACGGGUGCCCCCAGGACCUGAGCCCACCUCGCCGGCAGCCACAGCACAGAGACUGCGGGCUGGGCAGGCCAUGGAUACCAAGCUCCACUCUCUCCCUGGCUAAGGCCAGGCACGGGGGUGGCGUGUGUUGGGGAGCUCCCCCUUUGCUCAGGGAAAGACAUCAUUUCUCCAGGCCUCCCGGCCAGUGCCUCUCCUCAGCAGCCACCCCAUCCACGACGAGGGGACAACAAUCCCCAUGAGAUGUGAACAGCAUCUGCAGUCAGGCGACCAGCACAUCCCUGGAUUAGUGCCACGCUCACCGAGGGCCUGGGAUGGUGCUGCUGGGGAGCCAGACGGGGCAUGUAAUUAAGCAUUUGUGGAGCCAGAUCAACUUCAACAGGUGACUGGGGAAAUGGCUUGAAUAGUGACUGUUUACUAUUAAGCUAGGCCCAGCCCCUACACUAGUGAACUCUCCAUUCCCGGAGCGGACUAGCAUGUUCAUCUAUUUAUCUCUCGCAAUCCUACUCACGCCCCUAUUGACGUAUCUGUGUUCUAUGAGUGUGCUACACCCUAUGCUGAUGCUGCCGUCGCGCCGUGGAAUUCCGCUUUCCCUGUUCUUUGCUUGAGGUGGCUCUUGCUCUCACAGACGCCGGGGCCUGUGAGUGGAGAGGUGAUUUCCCCUCUGUAUUCGGCACAGGAGCGACCACAGCUGGAAUCCUGUGUUCACAGUGCCAGAAGGAUGCUGAGAAAUUGGAGAGAGUUCAAAGAAGAACCACGAGAAUGAAUAAAGGAUUAGAAACCUGCCUUCUAGUGAGAGACUCCGGGAGCUCAGUCUAUUUAGCUUAACAAAGAGAGGGUUAAGGGGGGACUUGAUCACAGUCUAUAAGUGAGAAACAAAUAUUUGUUAGCGGGCUCUUCAAUCUAGCAGAAGAAGGUACAAGAAGUUCCAAAGGCCGGAAGUUGAAGCUAGACCAAUUCAGACUGGAAAUACGGGGUCAGUUUUUAAUAGGGAGAGUAAUUAACCAUUGGACCAGUCAAGGGCUGUGAUGGAGUCUCUACCCUGCCAACUUUUAAACCAAGAUUGGAUUAAAAAAAAAAUCUGCUCUAGUUUGACCAGGAAUUAUUUCGAGGAAAAUCUCUGACCUGUUUUUUCCCCCCUGUGAUUUCAGAUGAUCACAAUGGUCCCUUUUGGCCUUGGAAUCUAUGAAUCCAUCUUGCAGUGGCAGGGGGAGGAUCAAGUAUUUCCCGAUACAGGGAAGGAAAGCUGAGCUUCCUUUUGUAAUGGACACAGUCCUGCGGGUGAACAAGCCCCAGCACAGUGAGGGAACCAAAUGAUUCCCCUGCCAGAUAGCUCCAGCAUCAGGGGGGUGAGGACUAGAAUCACAAAGAGGAUUUAGUAGAAUCCACAGCCCUGAGCUGGGGAGAAAUAGGCACCUAAAAAAGAGGUUCUCUGAAGCCAACAAGCUGAGCAGGAGCCACCUAAGUUAGCCAGCAAGAAAUGGUGAGGGGCCAGAUGCACAAAAGUACUUAGGUGCCAGGCUGAUGGGCCAGAGGUAGGCAUCUCCCUCCGCUUGGGAUUCUCAGCUGUGAACCCUCUCCUGGAGUUAGGUGCCUCAGCCAGGUGAGCCUUGUCUCAUGAAAACCCAAAGAGAACCAUCACCCCAUGAUAGCCACCAGCCCAGCACUCACCUGGGAUGUUGGAGUCCCCUGUUCAAGCCCCUGCUCCCAUAACUAUUUAAACCAAGCUGAAAAGCUUCAGCAGGAGGGAUUCCCCGCACUAGAAUACCCUAUAAUCCAGUGACUAGGGGACUC